AUGAGUUCUCGAAGAGGCGUGACCCGUGCACCACUCUUCAUCUGUGACCGGCGCAUCCCUGUGAAGGAUGAUAAAGAAGAUGAUGCAUUAGGCGAUUAUGUGGUGAAAUAUGCGCAAGUUGGCAGCAACAGCGGAGAGUGGGCGGGCUUCAUUCCUCGGUCUGAGGUCAUUUUCAGCGAGAACUUUCGUCAGUCUUUCCGAAAGUUGAUUUCACGCCAGAUGAAGCUGUUGGUGAUAAACCUUCUGUUGAAGCUCUCUAAUGGAUGGAGACCUAAGAGGAGAGACGUGAACAAGAUCUGCAUGAACUCCCUACAGAUUGUGAAACAAUUUAAAGUUGAGAGUCUCUAUGUUCUGUGCACGGUUGACAUAGAAAAGGACUUCAAUUAUGUUCAAGUCUUGAAGGUUUGGGACGUAUUGCCGUUAGAAGAUAUCCCGAAGAUGGUCAAACGCCUUGAUGGCAUUUAUGAAACGUACUGCAAUGAGUAUAUCGAUCGUUGCAAGGAGAAAUCUCUUGAUGGGGACCUGGAAGUUCCAAAGUCUUGGCAAGCACCUUUCAAUUUUCUUCGCAACAGAAAUUCUUCUACUGAAAAACAGGAAGGUCAUGAUUUGGACAAUCUCUCGGAUUCUUGCUCAUAUACAGAGAAUUCAAAGGUGAAUGACAGUUUACUCCUGAUGAAGUUUUACCCACUGUCCUCAGACAUUGUGAACCACUUGCUAUCCAACAAAGAUGGGAAAGAAGUGGAACUCCCAUUUGAAGUGACAAAUGAAGAAAGGGAGAUCAUCAACUCCCCCCGAAGCACUUUCAUACUUGGACGUUCUGGCACCGGGAAGACCACUAUUCUAACAAUGAAGUUGUUUAAGAAAGAGCAGCUUUACCAGAUGGCUUUAGAUAGAGACGGCGAUGGAGGUUUCAGCGACAGAGCAAACACUGAGGUGAGGGAUGAAGAUCCUAACACAGAUGUGUUGCAUCAGCUUUUUGUUACCGUCAGUCCCAAACUCUGUUUUGCUGUCAGACGACACAUCUCUCAAUUGAAGAGCUUUGCAUAUGGAAAGAAUAUUUUGCCUGAAAGCCCUUCAGGUGAUAUUGAUUUUAUAGACAGCACAGACCAGUUCAAGGACAUUCCAGACUCUUUUUUUGAUAUACCUCCCAAGUCGUAUCCGCUCAUCAUUACUUUCCAAAAGUUUCUGAUGAUGCUUAAUGGAACCAUUGGUGUUUCGUACUUUGAGAGGUUCCCCGAUUUAAGGGAAAUUUGCAGGGGCAAAGUCGGGCCUGUAAGAUCUCUUGCCUUGCAAACUUAUGUGAGAGCAAAGGAGGUAAAUUUUGAGAAGUUCUGUGCAACAUAUUUGCCCCAUUUCAAUGAGACACUCAUGAGGAAGCUCGACCCUUCAAGAGUAUUUACUGAGAUUAUAUCUCAUAUCAAAGGUGGUAUACGAGUUGCAGAUUCUCCUAAUGGCAGGAUCAGUCGGGAGGACUAUGUUUUACUUUCGGAAGGUCGUGCCUCGACUCUAACAGCUGAUGAACGUGAGAAAGUGUAUGAUAUUUUCCAGGACUAUGAGAAGAUGAAAGCAAUGAAUGGUGAGUUUGAUCUCUCUGAUCUUGUCAAUGAUCUCCACUCUCGUCUCCGACAUGAAAAAUGGAAGGGUGAUAGGAUGGAAUUUGUUUAUAUAGAUGAAGUUCAAGAUCUUACUAUGGGACAGAUUGCACUAUUUAAGUAUGUUUCAAGUAAUGUCGAGGAGGGCUUUGUUUUCUCUGGUGACACUGCUCAAACUAUUGCAAGGGGAAUAGAUUUCAGAUUCGAGGAUAUCAGAUUCUUGUUCUACAAGGAAUUCUUGCAUGGAUUGGGAGAUGAGGUUCGGCAAAAUUUGCAUAGAGGCAGAAUCUCCAAGGUUUUUCACCUGUCUCAGAAUUUUCGGACCCAUGCAGCCAUUCUCAAGCUAGCACAGAGUGUCAUCAACCUUCUCAGUCAUUAUUUUCCAUUAUUGAUUGACAUUCUCAGCCCUGAAGUAAGUCGGAUAUGUGGGGAAGCCCCAAUUUUCCUCGAAUCGGGAAAUGAAGAGAAUGCAAUCAUAUCAAUCUUUGGAAAUAGCCUUAGUGUGGGAGUGAAUGUAGUCGGUUUUGGAGCGGAGCAAGUCAUAUUAGUUCGGGAUGAUUGUGCUCGACAUGAAGUGUUGAACUAUGUGGGGAAGCAAGCCCUCAUUUUAACUGUGGUGGAGUGCAAAGGCUUAGAGUUUCAGGACGUGCUCUUGUACAACUUUUUUGGUUCGUCGCCAAUGAAGAAUCAAUGGAGGGUCAUAUACGAGUACUUGAAGGAACAAAAUUUACUAGAUAACAGCUUUCCCAGAGGAUUCCCGAACUUCGACUUAGCAAAGCACAAUAUCUUGUGCUCUGAACUCAAACAAUUAUACGUUGCCAUCACUCGAACAAGGCAAAGGCUGUGGAUCGUUGAGAGCAACAUGGAAUUUUCGAAACCCAUGUUUGAUUACUGGAGAAAGCUCUGCCUCAUCCAAGUGAGGAAGUUAGACAAUUCUCUUGCAGAAGAGAUGAAGGUUGCAAGCACUCCUGAGCAAUGGAAGUCACAGGGUUGGAAGCUCUUGGAUGAGAACAACUAUGAGAUGGCAGCAAUGUGCUUCGAACGAGCGCAAUUUGCACUGGGAGAGAAAUUUGCAAAGGCCGCAGGGCUAAAUGCUGCAGCAGAUCAAAUGAGCAUCUCAAAUCCCGAGGAGGCUUCUCACUUCCGGAGACAGGCGGGGGAGAUGUAUGAGUCCAUUGGAAAGAAUGAACGUGCUGCCCAGUGUUUCCUUGCUCUGAAGGAUUACGAGAGAGCAGGGACACUUUUCGAGUCUAUAGGAAUGGCGGAAUUUGCCGCUGAGUGUUUCUACGAAUUGAAAGAGUAUGAAAGGGCAGGAAGGAUUUACUUAGAGAAGUGUGGAGAAUCCAGUCUGGAAAGAGCCGGAGAAUGUUUCCUCCUUGCUGGCUGCUGCAGUCAGGCAGCAGAUGUGUACUCAAAGGGAAACUUUUUCUCCCAGUGCUUGUCUGCUUGUGCUCAAGGAAAUCUCUUCGAGUUGGGCUUGUCGUAUAUACAAAGCUGGAAAGAAGGAGCCAAAACAUCUAAACCGGAUAUUGUUAAAAUCGAGCAGGACUUCCUGGAGACUUGUGCACAUCACUAUUAUGAACAGAAGGACUUCAAAAUGAUGAUGAGAUUCGUUAAGGUUUUUCCAUUUGUGGAGGCAAUGCGGAGCUUUCUGAGGAGUUUGAACUGCCUUGAGGAGCUUCUGUCUAUGGAGGAAGAGUUUGGAAACUUCUUAGAGGCAGCUAAUGUGGCAAAGCUAAAAGGUGACAUCCUUCUUGAGGCACGCUUGCUCGGUAAAGGUGGACACUUUAAGGAGGCAGCUAUGUCUAUCCUUUGGUACGUAUUGUACUCUUCUCUCUGGGGGACACCGGGAAGCAGGGGAUGGCCCCUGAAGAAGUUUGAAGGCAAAGAGCACCUCCUCAGGAUAGCUAAAUCUUAUGCGAUUCUUGUGUCUGAGCCCUUCUACCAUUAUGCACAGAUUCAGUCGACAAUCUUGCUUGACGAAGUUAUUAGUUUGCCUGAAUUGGGGGACCUGUUGAGUGGUUCCAGCAGAAACAAGAACAUCACCGGCGAAAUAUUGUGCUCUUGGAAGAUUCUGGACGUGCAUUUAAAAUCAGAUGUCUCUCUGUUUUGUUGUGAAGACAAUUUGGUUCCUGAUUUUAAGGAUUACUCAGAGAAACAAAUUUUGUGGAAUCGCGUUUCUGUGGAAGCAAUGUUCUACUUUUGGAGUCUCUGGAGGGAUGAGAUCAUUUGCAUUAUUGAUAACGUCCAGUGUCUUGAGAAGCAGGAAGCAAAUGAGUACAGGUCUUAUGUGGAGUUCUGUUUGAAUUACCUAGGUGUCUUAAAGCUCUACAAUUCCAAAGCAGAACCGAUUUGUCUUCUCCUCAAUCCUGAAGUUGAGUGGGCAAGAGACAUUGGGGACGGGUCCUUUAGGAGAAAUGGGAAGUUGGUCCCAUUGGAGCUUCGACAUUUUGUCAUUGCUGCUAAAAAGUACUGGGGCUCGGAGCUAGUUUCUGUAAGCAUCGAAGUGUUGCACUGUCUUGAUGCCCUUUACAAGUUAAGGUCAUCAGUUGGGAUUUCAAAACCUGAGUUUUCUCAGUGCAGGAUACUAAUACAUAUCUACGAAGUAGCAGAGUUCCUCUUAACGUCGAAAUCUUUGAUUUGUCAUCAAUCUGACAAGCAGGUAUUGUGGAAUUUCAUCCAAGAUUCGACAUCGAGGUACUUAUCCUGUGUCUUUCCUCUAGAUUGGAGGAGUUCCUUGAGAGCAAACAAAGUCUCUCUUAGAGGAAGCAAGGCUUCUUCUCGUUUGCUAAGACAGGCAUUUCAACUUCUUGACCCAAAGAAGAAGCUCUCUUACGGGCAGAUCGGCCGUAUCACAAUGAUCAUUCUUGGGUCGGGUAAGCUCGAUAGUCCUUCAUAUUUGAAAGUCUUAGAGUGCUUUCAGAAGAAUACUCCUUGGAAAAUACUCUUUGAUUGUCUCCAUCGAGAGGAAGGACGGGGAAGUUCUCGCAACGUUUUCUUAGAAGUUUCUGCCGUCCAGAAAUUUCACGUAGCCCUAGCAGAAACUUUCAACGCUAAUUGGAGAAAAGAAGUCGACUACAUCUCGCCUUCCUGCUUCUUAUACCUUCUCGAGUGGCUUCUUAUUCUCUCAUCCAGUUUUCGCCCGUAUAUGUUUACUACUGAGUCAGGUUUUGUCGAAUGGCUCAUGUUCCAUGAAGGGGACAGAAUGGUGCCUCCUAAUUCAGUUCCACACCCAGUAGAACCUUUCAAGCUCAUUCUUGAGUUUAUUCCUUAUGCGGUUCAACUUCUUCUACGUAAUAUCUCCGACACCGUGAAAUGGAUAGUAAACUCAGGAGUGACUAAGUGGGAACAAUACCAUCGACUUUUGGUCUUAAAGCUGUUUAUGUUGCUGUCACUUCUGCACAUAAAUUUUUCUGUGUGUUGGGAUUUGCUCCGUGAGUUGCUUAGCACAAGUUAUAUAUCAGAUUACCUUCCUCGCGAAUUUUUCAAUCCCCUUUGGAGAGCAUUCAAGCAUGGGAAUGUGCUCGAGGUUACUGUUCCUGCAAUAGCAGAAGCAUUUAGAAGGGUCCAUAAUCCUCUCGUAGUCAUAAGUUGGGGGAGAGAUUUUUCAAAUCUAGUACCAGGAGGUGCUUUGUAUGUUGAAAUUUCUAAAUAUAGGACAAGCGAGGAUGUACUGAGGUUUCUCUUUCCUGACAUUGCCAAGGCCCGGAAACAUCAGGGAGACGCUUUAAAGGAUGGAGCUGAGAAUUCCUCCUCCAAUGUUCGCCCCUUGAGCAGCAAUGAUCUUGGCGAAAAUUCGGUGAUGGGGGUUUCAUCUGAUAUUGUUGCGGAAACAUCUUCAAUCGGAGAAAGCCCCAGUGAAAAUAUCAAAACUGUGAUGGAGCUGUGGAAGGUCGUAGAUAUGCUUGAAUCUGUUGGCAAGGUUGAAGAUCAGCCAGGGAUUGUCUCCUCCGCAAAGGCACUUAAGGUUGACUUCGAUGAGUGUUUGUCUGCAUUUCAUCUUGCUCUUAAUGAACACAUCUGGGAAGCUAAGGGAAAUUUUUUGGGGGAAGAAGCCUUACCAAACACAUUUAGGCAGAACCUUUUGGGGAUGCUCGAUGAUCUUAGACAGCUCCAUGCUGCCUUAAGUUUCAGUGAUCGGAAGCUUGAAGAUAAGAUUUCUGGGAUUGUGGAGAUAUCCAGGAGGUUGCAAUUGCGAAGGCCCAUGUUGGAGCAUUUCUUGUAUCAUAUGUUCCGAGAGAGAAGUAGUGAUGCCGAGGUUAACCCUGAGGAUUCACAUGCUUCGACUGCUACAAGCCAGGGAGCUGAAAACAAAAAUCAGGGAAACAACAAAUCGAAAGCGAAGAAAAAGAAGAGUAAAAGAGGUCGGAAGUAACUAGGAAUGGCCUCAGGUUUCAGCAAAUACCUCCACGUGCCCUUUUGUUGAUUGUAUAUAUGUGAAUCCGCGUACUGUGUGAAAGAACGAGAAUAUUACAUGCCGAUGUCAUCUGGUCAAGAACACAAUCAAUUUAAAUGCAGUACUUGAUUCCAUUGUUUGGCAAUCGAAGUUGAAUGUUGGGUUA